GAAAAAGUUGCUCAUUCCAAAACAGCGAGAGGAGAAAGCGAGAGAGAGAGAGAGACAAGGCGGAAAAAAUGGCGGAGAUGUCUUACCUUCAGAUCCACGACCCAAACGACGCCGUUUUGAACCAUUUCAACCGUAACCACCGUCGAAACCACCAAUCGCUCUCCCAGAUCCUCGAUUCCCUUCCUCCCUGGAUCCAAUCCGACGACGAUCUCUACACCGAUUUUACUUCCGAAGUCGACGUUUCGGAAACCGCCGAAGGUCUCGAUCUCGAUCUACUCGAGAGGCGAAGCUUCGUCAUGGAUUUGUUCCACCAGCGCGUUGAGCAAUCUCAGGUGAGUCCCCUUGACGACGACGACGAUUACGGUUCAGAUUCUGGUUUUGGUGUGGUGGAUGGAAAUCGCGACAUGCGCGGGGGUAGUUUAGGGUUAGAAUCUGGUAGAGAUUUUGUUGAUUGUGAUGUUGAUGAUGAUGAUGAUGAUGAAGAAGAUUUGUUUGAUCGGAUUAGGUACUUAGGAAUUGAUUCUGGAGAUGUUAUAGUUACAGUUGAAUCAGGUUUUGAUUUUGAUUCUGAUGUUGAAGAAGAUGAUCUAGAGAAAGAGAAUUGGGGUAUAGAGUUGGAUGAAGAAGAAGAAGAAGAUGAUGAGUAUGUGAAUGAUGAUGAUGAUAGUGUGACAAUCUCUCUUUGUCACUUGGAAGAUGAGUGGGAAGAAGUUGAUGAUGGUGAUGGUGAUGAUGAUGAUGAGAGGGCGGUUUUCGCGGCGGAAGAAGAAGAAGAAGCUGAAGCUGAUGAUAACAACUCUGUUUCAGUUUCUGUCUCUGCUACAAUCUCUCUAGAAGAUUUAGCUAUAGGUGAGAGGAGAGGGUAUCUAGGGUGGGAGGUUUUGUUGAACUCUCGUAGUCUCGAGUUUAACCUAGACGAUGCAGAGAGCAACAUGGAGUUAUACAUUGGUGGUGAUAUUGAUCAACAAGAAGAUGAUGAAGAUUAUCUUCAUACAACUGAGUAUGAGAUGUUGUUCGAGGCUGAGAUCUCUUCUGGUCUUGGUAAGCCUCCAGCUUCCAAAUCAUUUGUAAAGAAUCUCAAAGUCUCUCCUUUGACCAAAGAGGAUGUUAAGGAGAAGGGUGAUGAUGGUGAUGAUGCAAUGUGUUGUGCGGUUUGUAGAGAAGAGAUGAAUGUUGGGAAUGAGGUUGCGGAGUUGCCUUGUAGACACAAGUAUCAUGGUGAGUGUAUUGUUCCAUGGCUUGGGAUUAGGAACACGUGUCCGGUUUGUCGUUUUGAGUUGCCUUCGGAUGAGACUGAACAGAGCCGGUUUUGAAAAUUAGGGUUUACAAUAGAGGAAGUUGAUGAUGAUGAUGAUGACUUUGUUUGUGAUUAAUAACAUGAUAAGCUGACUUGUGUUUGUUUGUUCUAAGAAAAAAACAUUGCUUAUAUUUACAAAUUUUUAUAAAAUAUUU